CACUUUUACUGCUCUUUUGUCAGCUUGCAGUCACUCUGGACUUAUUGAUAAAGGGUGGAAGUAUUACCACCUUAUGUCAAAAAAAUUUGGGAUUAUCCCAACACCAGAACACCAUGUUUGCAUUGUAGACAUGAUUGGACGGGCUGGUAUUUGCUCCAUGUGGAGCCUGAAAAUAGUAGCUAUUAUGUAACUGUUUCAAACCUUUAUGCAUACAAGAUAGAAGGAUUGACGAAACCCUGUGGUCAUAGCAUUGUUGAUUAAACGGUGGAUCAAAAACCAUAUAAGCUAUACAGUGCGAAGAAUGACAAAAAAUGUUCCACUUCACCGACUACUUCCGGCAGGCUCUCUUAAAUGUGACACAGGUAUCUGAUUCAAAAGCUUUGCUUUCUACUCCAUGUUUUUCAAUGAGUUCUGUCUACUCUAUGUUCAUAAGGUUGUCUCAGCCCUUGCUGUUGACCAUGCAGGAUCCAGAGUGCUCUCUGGUAGCUAUGACUAUACAGUGCAUAUGUAUGAUUUCCAAGGUAUGAAUUCAAAGCUGCAAUCAUUCAGGCAAUUAGAACCCUUUGAGGGCCAUCAAGUUCAUAGCCUAAGUUCGAGUCCAACGUCAGAUCGAUUCUUAUGUGUUACAGGUUUAGCUCAGGCCAAGGAAGGGCUUACACUAGGCGAGUUUGUUAAGGGUGAUAUGUAUAUUCGUGAUCUGAAGAAUACAAAGGGUCACAUUUGCGGGCUUACAGGUGGUGGGUGGGAUGUGUCGGAGUUUAAAAGUCAAAAGUAGGUAGUUUAAUCUAUUAUGUCUAUUUGUCAGACAUUAAUGCGUUGUUUCUAUGAAGUAAUAUCAGGCGGCCCUAGAAUGCACUGUAAUUGCUUUCUUUUAGUAUGCGAUUGCUUGGAGUUCAUCAUUUUCCUAUUGGAAUAAACAAAGCUUCUAUCAUUUGAACUCUGGAUAGUUGAAGCUUGGUGUUUAUACUUUAUAAAUAGGUCAUCAAACCUAAGCUAGCAAGACCAAUGCGAAUUGUGGGUGCCAUAGGAGAUGGUUCAAUACAGGUAUAUCCCUUUGUUGCAUUGUCACUUUAUUCUUGAUAUGAUCUCUUACCUGUAUACUGUGUCCUACUUGAUCCCAAUGAAUAAUUUAUAUGGGAUUUUAUUAGCUUUCCUGUAUGUAUAACUUUGCUCCAAACGAAACAAUCAAACUUCCACCUAUUUGAAAUAUUUCAUUAUAUAUUUAUGUGUUUUCUUACUGCCUUCAGUGCUGAAAAUAUUGGGGUUCCGCCAGUCGCUGAAGUCAUAUGGUUUAAAUAGAUUAGAUCAGUUCAAUUUGAUUCCUCAAUGUCCUUUUUUAGAGAUGUCAAUCAACUGCUUCAGCAGUUAAUUACAAAGUAAUACAAUGUGACUGAAUGUAGUUGUUGAAAAUGCCUAUAUAUGAUGUCUCCAUCAUGAUCUCUGAAUUUUUCAUAAUAGUUGCUGCUGCUCUAGCAGCCUAAAAAAUUGGAUUUUUCAGCAU